AAAUAUUUGGACCUUUUAAAUACCCACAAAAAUAUUUAAAAAAAAAAACACAUAAAAAACAAUAAAACUAACACAAAAACACAACAACAACAACAACAAGAAUCACAGAGUUCAAACUUUUUCUGAUUACCAAAAUUUUCUCUCUGAAUUGGAAAGAAGGUUUAUAAUUGGGAUUUUGCAUCUAGCAUCAUGAGAUUCAAACGAGGGAGCAACGUAGAAGUACUGAGCAAAAAGGAGAUGCCUUCAGGCUGCUGGUGCUGUGCUAAGAUAAUCUGUGGUAAUGGCCACAACUACACAGUCAGAUAUGAUGCAUAUGAGGGUAAUGCUGAUAACGCCGUUGUGGAGAGGGUAUCCAGGGAUGCCAUCAGGCCUUGCCCACCUCCACUGGAAGUUUCAGAGAAUUUAAUUCCUGGUGAUGUCAUUGAGGUUUUUGACAAAUUUUCUUGGAAAAUGGCAACAAUUACAAAGGUUUUGGGAAUGGAGUGCUUUUUAAUCAGGACAGUCGGAUCCUCCCGGCAGCACAAGGUCAGAAAAUUUGAAAUCCGAGUCAGACAGUUUUGGCAAGAUGACAAAUGGGUUGUGAUUGGAAAGGGUUUGAACCAUUAUGAGAAUCGACAACGUGGUGAACUUUUAACUCUAAAGUUCAACCAAAAUUCAUACCUUAAAGCUCAGAAGAAUGUAACAAAGACUGCCUCCUCUCAUCUGAAGAGAAGAUCACCUUACUUUUGUUCUCAAGAUGAAGCAUAUGAUGGAUCUGCUGAGAAGUUUAGAGCUGUUGAUAUAGAGGGCAGGUGUCUCCGAGUAAUUUCUGCGAAUUUAUCUACAUUUUCUGAACAGGUAGAUGUUGAUUUACCAAGACGUAUGCAGGGUGGAAAAGAUUUACGUGCUUCUCUUUACAACAGAAAAGCUGUAUUGCCUGAUGUGGAUGUGGAAAGGAGGAAACCAAAUGGUGAUGUUGGGCGUGCGUUUGCUGUGAACCUUAAAUCGAACGAUGCUGAUAGUAUUACGUGCUCUGUUGGUAGUUGUAGUAUCGAUACGAAUGAUUCCAAUAAGUUACCUCCUCCUGUUUCAGCUAGUUCUACUGAAGAUUUUGAUGAUCAGUUUUCUGAUGCCGAAUCUAUUUGUCAAUUGGGAUAUGAGGAAGGAAUCUCUCUCCUUCCCGCUAAAGAAGAAUUGGCAGCGGAGAUCCAUAGGUUAGAGUUGCAUGCUUACCGUUGCACAAUAGGGGCAUUACAUGCAUCAGGACCUUUAAGUUGGGAACAAGAAGAAUUGGUGACAAAUCUUCGUCUUUCACUCCAUAUAUCAAAUGAUGAACAUUUAAUGGAGCUUAGAAACCUAAUUUCUGGAGAUACCAGCAUUCAUAUCAGAUGACAGGAAAUCUGGAACUGUGUCUUCCGAUUCAUAUUUUUCUUGUAGCUGUAGAAUCUCGAUGAGCAUUUUCAUUAACGACCUUGCUCCACUGUAAGAAACAAGAUGAGAUGUUUUGAUGUUCUUUUGUGUUUAGUUAACAACACAUAGUUCAAACGCAAUGUAGUACAAACUUUUCCAAGUAUGCCUUUUAUCAAAGUCUUCGUUGUGAAUCAAUUAUUCUUUUUUUGCUUUUCUCUGGGUUUGUACUGACAGCAUAUCAAGAUUUAGAGGUUCAAAAUAAACUUUAGCAUAUGAAGUUUCUGUAUUUUGUGUGUAAGCAUUUGGGUAUUAUCGAUGUAUAUUGCAACUUGGAAGUAACGAAUGUGCAUGUUCGCUUAUCACACAUCUGUACAUUUAGUGAUAUAGAGUGUUGUAUCUUUUCUUCGUUUGUUGAUUUCUGAGGCUAAUUUGUUUCGCUUCGGUUCCUUGAGUUGUAUAUAAUAUGCUCCAUGAUUUCAUUUGUGGGCAGUAUUAAUGCAUCCACUGCAUUUUCCAGGGCCAAAGUAGGAGGCUUGUCUCCUUGCUUUCAAGUCUCCAAAGAUGAGCUUGGGGCAUGCCAGCUUUUUCUCGGCCUAGACUUGAGGGCAAUUGUACGACAGCUUCUGAUGCUGCUGUUCUCAUUAACAUAUCCAGUUUCUUCAUUUGUCCAUGUCACUAUGUCAGGCCACCUGUGAGCCUUGGCUACCUGUUUUGCUGAGGAUGUAAGACAAUCUUGUUGCUAACACAGGAUGACAUGUGAUGUGGAUGCUCGAAAGGUUUUAUUUCAAACAUUUUCUUCAGCACGUCCACUUACAAAUUGCUUAGUGAUAUCUUUUAUAUUCUCCAUCUGCUACAAGAUUAUCAUGUGAUUACAGAUCUUUUUUCACAAUAUUCUUCGUUUCUGUGUGCUUUUAUCCUUUCUAUUUUCUGAUCAAGGGUAUUUUUGAAUGUAAAAGUUCAGGAUAUUGAAAUUGUCCAUAAGCAUGGGAAGUAUAUUUUGAAGCUUAAAGUUCAAUGAAAAAGGUAAGCAUUGUUCUGAUAUAACAACAAAUUUGGCAGGAGAGCAAACGGCUUGUGUUGAUUAUGCAGAAGCCAAAUGCAUUUUAAAUAACUGAUGAAUUCUAGGUUUUAUUUUUCCAGUUUUGGAAAAGUUCUUCAAAACAAACCAAGAUGCUAAAAGUCAGCUUCGUUUCUUAUUGUUUCUAGUUCUAAGCUGCUUCCGAAAGUUGUAGCUUGACAAAUUUUACAUUGUAAAUUUUCCAAAAGAUGUGAUUAAUAUGUACCUUAGCUGCAUAUUUUUCUCUAUUGAAGUGUUUGAAUAUGCCAUUCGCUGAGUUAGCAUAUGGUGGUCCUCUUGCUGGAAUAAAGGUUGGUAUCUUAUGUUGAUCGGCAUGAAGUAUGCAAGUUUUUUCUUGAUAUUAUUCAGAAGCUAUAUCUUAAGUUGAUCAGCAGGACGUAUGCAAUUUUUUUCUUGAUAUUAUUCCUCAGCUUCUGAUUCAGAAUGUUUCAAACUUCCAAGUUUCAACCUCUAUUCUUCAGUCAACAAAUCAGUAACCAAUUUGCCAAAUCUUCAGGUGUAAACAGCAAGUAGAUGUCAAUGUAUACGCUACUCGACUACCCUACAGCUCUUCAAUUCUUUGUGAUUAUUGUAGUUUUUAUAUGUAAUUGAUCUGACUGGUUCUGUAGCUUACACUCAUUGCUUUAGCUUUGGCAACUGGAUCAUAUUUCCAUUUCGACCAGAGAGCAGAGUGAUGAACAAUAUGUUCCAAGAAAAAGCGAAUGGAGAACUUCGAAUAAAGCAUAUGCGCACGCUUUUGCUUGCCCUGAUCUACAAAAAUUGUCAGCCAUGUUCUUUUACUACAAGAGUUGAACUGAGAUGCUUUCGACGAAAACUAUAUAUCAGCUUGGCUAGAAACCAAGCUGAAAGCUACAUAUCCAACUACCAGAAGCUUUUGAUUAUGGUAAGAAUUGAUGGUUGGUCUGUGGUAUAAGCUCAUGAAUGUGAACUGCAAAAUAUUCCAGGAUCUUGAGCAAGUAACGAUGACAUCACGCUCGGAAAAAUUUCAUUGCCUCGGCAAUCCCAAAUAAUUCAGCCAAAUCUUAGAUCACUUGUAUUGUCAUCCCCUCUGGCAAGUCUGGGAGUCAGAAAGCUCAUGCCAGAAAUUCGUUUGUUUUUUAUCACCAGAGAAUUCACUGCAUGAGAUGAGAUGAGACCGUCACAUGAUUUUGUAUCUUGUGAAGAUUUUCAUGUCUUGUGGAGAUCUAUAAGUACUAACUUGAGGAGAAGGUCUUAUAUGGAGCGGGUUCACUGCCACGCGGCACUCCGGAUCUAAUAAAACAUUGCUAAGUGCAAAUUUUUCUCCUCAUGAUAAUGUAUUAGAUUUGAACGUUAAGUGGCGGUGAACCUGUUUCAUGUAA